UGUAACUGUAUGCUGUUACUCUAUGGUCAUCCAUGUGACAAGCUUACUGUGUAUACACCUCUCAAUGGAGCUAAUCCUGUUGUCAGGCGAUUGACCACAUAAGAAAGCAACCUGAGCUGGUCUUCAAUGUAAAUGUAACUUUGGAAGUAUAUACUGAUUCCUGGAUAUUGUGGAUCUAACCUUGGAACUCUCUGUCAUGUCUGUGUAUUUAUGGACACAACAAGAUACUGUAGCUGUCAUACAUGUUACAGAAGAAUGCAUUAGUUGAGGGAUUAGUGUUCAUGGUUAGGAUGCCAUCUUCCACUUUAGGUAGAUGUGUGCCAAACAUGAGCUACAUGUAGAGUGGAAAUUCAACCUUGAAAUGUUCAGUGUUUUCAACUCAGGAUGUUUGGACACAUGUAGACACUCAAAAUGAAACGACUUCAGAGAAAACUUGGCAAUGUCAGCUUUUACUAGGCUUCAAGAACGAAAAAAGUGACAGCUGGAUUUAGUUGAGGGUCAACAGCACUGACAUCAGCUUUUGAGACCUGUUUACUUCGGGUUUCAUGGAUGCCAAUGGGGGCGGUAUACAGUCGUUUGUAUGCUGUAACAUUUGAAAGUGGAAAACUGAUGUGUCAUUCAGGAUUGUCAAAAUCUGCAUCUUUGAAGACUUUAGUCUGCAUAGCAUGGUGCCCCACUAAGAUCUCGCCAAGAUGAUGAGCAUGCGUGCCAAGCAACGGCCCUCGCAGACUUCGGUCUCGGGCCCCUCCCGCUAUGACCGCAUGGCUGCCCCAGGACACAUCCACAACAUGAACAACAAGGUCAACUGGUCCGAGUUUGUCGAAGAAAGGGAACAGAAGGGUGGGAACCAGUUGCCGGCCAUACCAGGUGGCAGUGGUCUCAAUAACAGCUUCAGGAAACGUGCCCCACUAUCGACAGCAGAUUUGGCUGCCAGCGACAGAUUCACAAUCCUCCCCGAAAUCGAGGGCAUCGACAUCGACAAAGAACUGCGGGAAUCCCUGAGCGCGCCCCUGAAGGACGUCAGCCGUCAGCGACUGCGGGCCAUCAAGAUCAGCUUCCGUCGCCUCAGCAGCAUGGACAACCGCAUCUCCACCAAAGACGCCCUGGUGGUGCUGGGAGAGCACAACAUAAAGAUCUCCAACCGCACGUACCAGAUGAUUGUCCGCAAGUUUGAGACGGACCGGGGCAUGGAUAUUGACAGUCUGUGGAAGUACAUGGCCGAGGCCCAGGCAAGCACAGGAAGAGAAAGCAUUCAGGCUAUCAAUCAGAACAAGCAGACCACAUCUCAGUCGCUGGAGAAGCUAGAUUCUGAGGAUAUUGCGCUGCUGGCUAGCAUCAACAAGGCUCUCAAGUCCAGCAAUGAGUAUGACCUGGAGGAAAUGCGCUCAGUCUGCCAGAUGCGGGAUAUCUCAAGACAAGGAUCACUCCCAAGAAAAAUGUUUCGUCGGAUUUGUCUUGAUCAGCACUUACCUCUGGGUGCCGCCCUGAUGAGGACAAUGCUGAGGAGAUGUGACGACGAAAAGAAUGGACUUAUCAGCUGGCCAGAAUUUCUGAUGCUGCUCGAGAAAGGUGUCAACUUUGACGCCGAACAGUACAAAAUCAAAAAGAAGCCUUCCUCGGCCAUUCACAAGCGGCAGAUGAUAAGCCACAAGAAGCCGGCAAGUCCAAAAAGUUCGGCGCUCCUCUCGCCAAAUGAUGCCAAGGCGAAAGACAGUAAAGAUACUGGGAAAGUCGGCGUCAAAACAAGGCCUCGAUCACCGAGUCCAUCCAUGUCCAAGGAGACUAAAAAUAAAGACAGUACCGCCAGUUCAGAUACUAAAUCACUCAGCCCUCAAGAAACUGAAAGCUCAAACAGUUUGGCAACUUCAACACAGUCAAGGAGCAGAUCGCCGGAGCCCCCGCUUAGUAGACAGGGGUCAAAGGCCAAAGAAGUCAAGGACCAAUCAAAAGUUGGGGAGAAACUGGCUGUUAAAAUGUCUGAUUCUCCAGGCCGAAAGGUGAAAACUAAGGACCAGAAGGACAGUGGGAAACCAAAAACGUCAGAGGAGGUUAAGCUGGAUGAAGAUGUGUUAGCCGUCAAAAAUUUGCCAGCGCAAAGAAAAACCAAAAUCAUCACAUGGAACGAUCCAAUCACGCUCCCUGUCAAAGCUGACCAAUCAUCAGCCGCUGUCCCGCUCACAGCAGACCAAUCACCUUCCACCACAGACCAAGACAAGGACCCCAGUGCGAGUGACGAGAUAUGCAAAUCGCCUCUGCCUACGGAUAAAGUUGAGGGCGCCAAACCUGUUGAUGCAGGCGAAACUAGUGAACCAACAAUUAAUGAGCCACAUCAGGAGAACGCAUCCGCCGAGUCGGAUAAAGCAGCAGACGUUGUCAGUCCUUCAAGCGAUAAAACUCCGAGCAGUGAACCCUAUGUGGACCCAACGGAACAGGAAUACCUCAAAAGGGAGCAAGAACGAAUAAAUCGCGUCGGCUCGGAAAUCACACUGAACGGCUCGGAAAACUCCAGUGUUAGUUCUGAUUCAAAACAGGAAGCAAAUUCUGUUGCAAAUCCAGACCUUCCAGAUAAUUCGAAAUCGCCGGAGGGGGACAAUUCAGACGUGAUCAGCUUAGCCCCAUCAGAAAAGUUGGACAGCAAACCAGCAGAAGUGGACACAACCAAGUUAGAUGCAACUGGCCCAGUUGAAGAAAAGAAGGACCCGAUUGAAGAAAAACAGGACUUUGAAGGUUCAGAGACAAGUUCCAUCUUCGACAAAGAAGACGCAGACACCCAGAGCAUUGCCUCUGUGUCCUCGUCCACAAAGUCCAAAGUCCGAAAACCGUCCGAGGUGAGCGAGAAGAGAAUGCGAACUGUUUACGGAAAGAACCCACGAAGACUGACGCCACUUGCCAAGAUAGAACGAGAGAGGAGAAUGCAGCCUCGUCGGGCCGUGAACACUGGGAAAGCUUCAUCAACAAAGAAGACGCCUGUAGUAAGGACACCCAAACCGAAAUCUUCCCUAACCUCUGUAAGAGGAGGAACAAGUGACAAGAAUCAGAACUCACAUCCAGUGGUGGUCUCCACUCCAGCUGAUGAUCACGAGCCUAGAGGUCAUGACCCUGAUGCAGAGACUAAGUCCAUAGUUAGCCAGAGCUCUAUGGAUUCUCAGGAUUGCGUCUUGCCUGAAAGUCACUCUGGUGCAAGUCUAUCUACUGGUGCUGGUCCCCUGCCGGAUGAUGGAGAUUUGUUGUCUCAGCACUUGCAAGAAGUUGAGAAGGCCAACAAUCCGACACUAGAAGGCAUCUCACCGGUCCCCCCAGAUGGCGUCCCAACAGAAGGGGCGGAGCCAGCUCCUCCUGAGAGGGAGGAAGAUGGGGAGAAGUCGACCUUUACGAUACGGGGACAGGAGGUUUCGUACUUCAAACCAGAUGCAUAUGUUGGGAAAGAGAUGUCGACAGACGCACCGAGUCAAACUCUGGAGCUAAAUUGGAUAUAUGGCUACCGUGGAAAUGACUGUCGAUGCAACAUGUUUGUCAUCGAAGGUGGCGUCCUAGCAUACUUCAUAGGAAAGGUGGUGGUUUUGUAUAACACAGAGGAGCAUACGCAGAGGCACUACACACUACAUACUGCAGAAAUCAAAAGUCUGGCCGUUCACAGUAGCAAUGUUAUCUUGGCUUCCGGGCAGAUGGCUGGGCCAGAAGGUUCAAGUAUACAGGCCUGUAUACAUGUGUGGAGUGCAGAGACACUGGAGACCUUGUACGUGGCAGGAGAGGGUUACUUUGAGAAAGCUGUGCUGUGUCUGAGCUUCUGCAAAGAAGAGGAUUAUCUUGUAGCUGUUGAUGACAGUGAAGAACACACCAUGUCUGUGUGGCACAGCACGUCUGGAGAGAGACUUGCCGAGAAAAUGCUUCUGACGGAAGUUGUUUGCCAGGUAGCCUUCCAUCCCACCCACCCGCAUCAGCUGGUCAGCAUCGGCAAGGAACACCUGUGCUUCUGGAACCUGCAGAAAGAACCUUACACUAUCGAGGAAACGAUGAUAGCUAACUACGAGACCAAAAUGAAAGCCAAAUACAUCAUCUGCCUCACAUUCCACCCCAACGGUGCCCUCCUGACGGGGGAUUCAAACGGAACCAUCUACCUGUGGCAUAAAGACGGCAACACCAUUGCUCACAGCAUAACUCAUGCGCACGAUGGUCCUGUGUUUUGGUUGAUGUACGUCAAGAAUGCACUGAUCUCUGGAGGGCGUGACGGGAUCAUACAGACCUAUUCCCUGAGCUCCAAGGGAACUGAAUACACCGGGAAAAUGCAGUUACCCAGUGUGGAAGGCGGCGUGCGCACUAUCCAGAUACAUGGGAAGAAGAUGUACGUCGGGACCACAUUGAAUUGCAUCCUGAGUGCAAACAUCAGCUUAUCUGGGAGUGGCACCCCUGUUAUCACUGGAGCAACAAUCAACAAUGCGCCAAUCACACAGGGUCACUAUGACGAGGUAAGGUGCAUCGUCCCUCAUCCGGCCAAAAACGGCCACUUCUUCACCGCUGCCUACGACGGCAUCGUCUGCUUAUACGACGCCGCUCUCCACAAAGCAAUCUGGAAGUAUGUGGUCAAGGGCAUCAACACAACGUGCAUGGACGUCAGUCCCGACGGAGAGGUCAUCAUAUUAGGGGCCAAAGAUGGACAUAAAGGAAACAGCAUGGCUGUUCUGACAGUAGGAGAGGAGGAGGUUCAGGAGACAAACCGUAUCAAACUCGGCCGGCAGCUUGUGUCAUUCAUUAAGUUUGCCCCAGGUGGAGAAAUCUUUGCUGCCAGCUGUAAUGACAUCAUCCUCAUCCUGAAAACGACCAAUGCGGGGAAAACAAUUGAGCCAAUGGGAAAGUGCGAGGGUCACCCGACUGCUGUGACAGGAUUUGAUUGGUCGAAAGAAGAGAUAUCUGGCAGGCUUGUUCUGCAGAGUAGUUCAGUGGGCCAGGAGUACAUAUGCUGGGACUGUGAAACUUUCCAAGCCCUAAACUACUCAUCUGACUUCAGGAACAUCGCAUGGAGAUCGUACAACUGUACCUCUGGGUUCACUGUUGCCGGUGUGUGGGGAACCAGUGAAGACAGCCAUGUCAUUAGUAGUGUUGACUGGAGCGAGGACCAGGGACUGUUGGCCACAGGUUGCGAUGACGGCCUAGUGACACUGUAUCGGUAUCCCUGUACCAACCAGCUUGCUGCCAAUAGGAGUGUCCACGCCCACAGCAAGGCUGCACCCUGUGUGCGAUUCCUGCCUAACGCCAAGUUGCUGCUCUCUGCAGGCGGUUCCGACUGCACAACCAUGCAAUGGACCCUACAAGGAUAAACGUCCACUUUUUGGGCCUGCAUACGUUAUGAGUUCACCUUUGCACGUGCCUUCGUGAAUGAAGGACUGGUACCAAAUUGGUUCGGAAGAAAACAAUCAUUGGAGGUGGUUUAAGAAAGUUUUCAAGAUGUGUACUCCACUUAGCUGAACCUUUAACAAGUUAGCUGUUAUGCCGCCAUCUUAAGAUUUUGAGCAAGUUUGUUGCUUCAAACAACAAUACCUUAACCGGCCCACUAUGAACAUCUUCAUCCCUUAAAAAUUUGUGAAAGAGCCAUAUGCAUUUUCUCUUAAUAUUACAGUUAACUAAAUUUUCACGGAUUUUUCAACAUAUUAAGCCAGAUUAGGAGUCCUCGAAAAC